AUGAUGCGCAUCUGCUUCAGGAUUGGUGAGAUGCUGAACGCCUUUACCAAGUGCGCUCGGGAGAGGCAAGAUGUGGUGCUGGAGCUCUUUGCGAGGUGGCUCGGCAGCGUCGUCGACGGCCACAGCAGCGUCGUCGACGGCCACAGCAGCGCGUUCCUCGGGCCGAGUGGCAAGAACAAGCUGUGCCGAUGCGUUUGCAGACUCUCAUACGACAGCAAGGCGGCCAUUGGGCGUACGGCGUCGAUUCUGUCCAUCAGAGAGACGGACUGGGAUGAGAUUCAGUGGGCGUUGAGGAUGGUUGCGAGGGAUGCGGCGUCCGAUGGCGGCGGUAGCUGUGAGGAGGGGAUGCUUUCUUCGGGUAUUUGA